AUGGUGGCGCGGCUGCGGUCGAGGACGACCACGCGAAUUGGAGAGGAGAAAGAGGAGGCAUGCCGGAGUUUUGAGAGCUGCCUGAUGGAGAUUUUGACGGAGGAAGGCAAAUCGCGGGACCUGCAGGACGUGGAGGAACUCCUACAGUGCUGGGAGCGGCUCAAGUCGCCGGUGUUCGUCGAUCUAGUCUGCCGGUUCUACGGCGAUCUGUGCAAGGACUUAUUCUCCUCCGCCGCUGGGGGUGAGGACGCCGGAAACACUGACCAGGACCUGGGGCAAGUUUCCAUGUCGGCUGCUUUACUAGUGUAA